AUGCGAUUCAGAAACGUUCAGGAUAACUACCCAAACAGCCCCUCUGACGAGGCGCCUUCUCAAUACGGGAGUCGUCCGUACGGGUCGCAUGUGGGUACGUCCUCAUCUCCAUGGUUUCCGAAUACCUCGAAUACUCCUCCGCGUACAUUGAACCGUCCUAGAGGCGAGAAUAAUUCGACCACUUCCAUUAUUGGAAUCUACCAUCCAGAUCAUAAUAAUAACCAUUCUCCCUGGCUAGAAGAUGAUACGGGCAACGGGGGAUUUACGCUUUUCGACCCAAUCUUCCCAUCUCCAUCAAUCCAAGCUAUACACGUACCCCAGUUCAUCACUACGCCACCAAGUGGAGGAAGCAGGGGAUCCAGAGGAGGAUAUACUCCUAUGGGCCAAGGGGCCCCCUGGGGCGCCAGACAUCGUCUCCCUCCAGACGUAUGGAAUCGACAGCUCGCCAUCACCGGUAUAUCGGAGAACUACGGAGGCAAUAUUUUCCUGCCCUCUAACCAGUCCGCAGAUGUACCCGAGCACGAAAGCACUUCACUCUGGUUGACUAAUCUUCCGCCUCGGUGCACUCAUCAGAUGCUCCUAGGCGCGAUCCGUAACUGCGGGAAGAUCUGGGCUACGGUCAUCAACCCGCCGAGCGAGUCAACCGGCCGCUUCAGACAGCGAGCACCCCAUACAACAUCGGCGUCUAAGCUCGUCUUCUUCGACCGCGCCGGUGUCGACAACCUUCUCGCAAAGUCGGAGGCAGGCGAAUUCUCCGUGGAAGGCUAUGUCCCAAAGCUCAAGAUGAACCGCAUCAGAUCGGCACCGCGCGACCCAAGCCCUCACUGUCGCGUCCUACAUAUCGAAGGCCCUAACUGUAUCGUGAACGAGCCGUUCCUCCACGCCUUCUUCCGGUCCAAGUUCAACUAUGAGCUCGAGGCCGUCCUAACGUUGUCUAUGAACAGCUUGUACACCCGCCAGGAGUGGCGCUUUGGAAGCUUUCGCUGCCAAGCCGAGUCUGCGCGCCAGUCCAUUGCACGAGAGAAGAUCCGGACGGACAUGUCUGAACUCGAUACUCUAAACUGGAGGGAGGUCCAAGUCUACUUUGGCGUCGACCCUUGCGCUCCUCCACCAGGUUUCUCUCCAUAA